AUGAAAGCUCUGAUUCCUGGAGAUCAGUUGUUGUGUAAACCAUGUUCAAGGUUGACAAACUCUAAACACAAUUGUGGUAUAUGCAAGAAGCUAAGGAACCCUGUGGGCAGUCAAACCUCGGUGCGCUGUGAUAGUUGUAAAGUAUGGGUACACGCAGAGUGUGACCAUAUAUCAGAUAAGGAUUUGAAGGGCUUGGAGGGAACAGAUUACGAUUGUCCUACUUGCAGAGCUAAAUUUAACUUUGAGUUAUCACAUUCAGGAGAACCAGACUCAAAGUCAAAACUUGGGAAAGGCGAUGAUCGGGUGGUUCUUCCUGACAAGGUUACGGUUGUAUGCUGUGGAGUAGAAGGAGUAUAUUUCGCGAGUGACCAUUUAGUCGUAUGUAAGUGUGGCUCGUGUGGACCUCGAAAGAAACAAUUAAGUGAAUGGGAAAGGCAUACUGGAUCAAAGUCAAAAAACUGGAAGACCAGUGUGAAAGUCAAAAGCUCGAAGCUGCCACUAGAAGAAUGGAUGUUGAAUUUAGCAGAGUUACAUGCAAAUGCUACAGAAUCUAAAGUUCCUAAACGACCUUCCAUAAAGCAGAGAAAGCAGAAGUUGCUUGCUUUUCUGUCAGAGCCAUAUGAGCCGGUCAAUGCAAAGUGGACAACAGAACGAUGUGCAGUUUGCAGAUGGGUAGAAGAUUGGGACUACAACAAGAUUGUUAUCUGCAACAGGUGCUGUUUAUAA